GCCACUUUCGUCUUUUGAGGGUACACAAUAGGCUGUAUCAUAGUUGUUCACAUUUCGUAAUGGUUUUACACUGCCGUGCAGUCAAAUCGGUACUUCUUUGAACAACUAAUUAUACCGUUCGAACAGUCUAAAAUGUCUGGAAACAUCUCCUCUCUCAAUGCUUUCCGUUUCAGAGUCUGCAACGACGCCAUAUGCGGACUUAAAGUUGCUACCAUCUGUUCAAUAUCUACCUUGACCACUUUAGGCAACCUAAUAACUCUCAUUGUGAUAGGCUCUACUGCCUCGCUGCGUAACUGCCAUGGACUGCUGAUCAUGUCCUUAUCUCUUGCUGAUUUCUCUACCGGUCUGGUAGCAUCACUGUCGAUUUACCCCUCAGUAUGUAGCUUCUGGCCCUUUGGCGAUAUUACGUGUCAGAUUGCGGCAACCACGGAGGCAGUCGUCAAGAAAACUUCUCUGCUGACAUUGACCCUACUGAGCAUCGAGCGCUACAUUGCCGUGGUGCAUCCCCUAAAGUAUAGCCGAAUCAUCACCAAGCAGAGAAUAGCGGCUGGCCUAGCUCUCUGCUGGUUUGGUCCCAUCGCGUUUUUCAUUGCGCUGAUUCUGACCGGUCAGUCGUCCGGUCAGUAUGUCUUUCUGUUCCACUCCUGCACCAUCACCUACCAAAGCCAGAUACUGUCAAUUGCUCUCAACGUCGGGUUGUUCAUUCUGCCGAGCGUGGUCAUCCUCUCUGUUACUACCGUCCUGGCCUGGUUGGGGAUGAAGAAAGUCGCUCGUGUCAGAGCUCACAUGAUAGCUAAGCUCACUCCCCAAGCUGGCCAAACGCACCAAGCCGUCAAGUUUUUCCGCAUGAUCCGCAUAAUGGCAUUCGCCUUCUACGCAUGUUGGGCUCCUCAUGUGGUCAUCGGCUUUGCCUGCCUCCUGGCCGACGUCCGCCAACCCUGGGGCGUUUUUUUCGCUACCUACUGGCUUCAUUUCUCCAACAGCUUUUGGAACGUCAUCAUCUACUCCGCAAUGAAUAAAGCAUUCAGACGGCGCGCGGUAAGUCUUUUCAUCUCACCGAUGAGAGUCCGUCUCUGUAACAGCGGAGAUGGCAGUGGCAACAGUUUAUCAGCCACAUCCAGGCAACCAAAAAUUACCUCUGUAAGUGCUCCGUCGGAGGGCAGUUCUUAAGGGAAAUUCACGAACACAGUAUAGGCCACUUUUUAUC